AUGGCACAAUCGACCCAACAACCUCAUGCGCCACAUACCCUUACCGCUGAAUCGGCAGCUGGACCUGCCCCUCAGCGGGCGCCCAUCUUCGCUGCUCUUAACGAGAAGGCAUCGUCACCGCCGCCGAUCGAGAGCACGGUGCUCAGCUCAGACCCGCCGAAGGAAAACGCGCCGGCAUCACCGCUUGUGAAGGGCUACGGGCCCGUGUUUGUGCCCCCUCACCUUAUGAAGGAUCAGCCUACCUUCAAAUUCGCAGCGCUCGUGAAGGACGCGAAGGGCAAGGGCGUCGACAGAGGCGGUGAGGAGCCCGCCCAAGUAUACCCAACUGUGUUCUCCAAGCCUGUGUUCUCCAAACCCGUCUUCGCACGCCCUUCUCCGCCGCCGGAGCCUGCCGCUCCUGCGCCAGAGGUGCCACUCCCUGCCUCGGACGACAGUAUCGAGGAGGUUGAGGCGGCGUUGUCUUCGCCCUAUGCGCGGCCCGAGCGCGUGCCCCUAGGCCAGCUAGACAAAGCUGCGUUGGUGGCGCGCUUCGGCCGAGAGGCUAUCGCAGAGGAUGACCCUUCCCGAGGCAAGGACACCGGCACGGUGUACGAGUACCCGCCAGCCGAGCCCCGGAACCCGGACUGGUUCGCGGACAUGCGGCAGGGCAUAGUAGACGACGAGGACGCGCUCGCGCAGGAGAUCGAGCGGAUCCGCGGCCUGGUCAAUACCGCGCUGGUCGAGAGCACGCUCGCGGAGGCGGAGCUCGACGAGGAGCUUGAGGGGUAUGACAGGCUCCUGGACGACAUCGAGCGUGUCGCGGGCCCGGCGUUCGUCGAGUAUUUGAUGGAGAAGGCCGAGCAGACGUGGCUCCCGCGGUAUGAGGUCGAUGACUACGAGGACGGGGUUGAGGAUUUGCCUCAGGAGGACACCAUGGACUUCACGGAGGACUUCACGGGCUCUGUUUACCCGCCCAUGGUCCUGCAGGAGGACAAUAGUGAGAUGAUGGACCAGUCCCGUCCCUCGGACACACUCUCGUACCUGGACGCGUCCCCACGCACUUCGCCGCUCGCGAACAGGAGCGCGAAGCGCCGCCACGCCACCGAGCAGCCCGAGCUCGAGAGCCCCUCCAAACGCUUGAGGAGCAAUGCACCCGAGCCCACAUCGAGUGCGGUAUACAACCGUCAAGACAGGUCCAGCCAGUCGCCUCAUGGGCCCCCCUCGCAGAACGGGGCAGAUCCCUCGCAGAACGAGGCCGACGAUGACGACGACGACAGAGCCGCCUCGGAUGAGGAGGACAACGAUGAGGUCGACGACUACGAGCCCCCUCCCCAGCCUCAAUGGUACGAGGAAAGCACCCCGUCACCCUCCGACGACUCGGACCAUUCGGACCUUGUCUCCCCGGACGCCCCCCUCCCGCGUGGCUGGCCGGACAACAUGAGCCCGCGCUUCGACUGGCUUAAGAAGACGACGGCCUACGACCUGUACAAGAACCCGAUCUCCCCGCCGGGGAAGCAGCACAAAGCGAUUUGUGUGCACGGGGAGCCGGAUGAUGAACAUGAGGACGAGCUGAUCCAGGGUCGUCCAGAGGCGGGCCCCAGCGGACAACACAGCGAGGAGAAUGACGAGCCUGAGGAUCCGGAGGCCGAUGCGGAUGAGGAAGUGCCCGAAGCGGAGGAGGAGCAGGCUGAGGACUCGGGCGUCGAUGUUUCCGGGGAGCAGGUUGCAGACGACGAGAUGGAGGACGUUGCGGAUGACGAGGUCGAAGAGGACCAGCUGCAGGACGACGAGGAGGUGGACCAACUCCAAGACGACGACGAAGGCGAGGCGGGACCGUCGCAGCCCGUGCCUGCCCCGUCCACUCCGCCCCGGAUGACCCGGCGCUCUCAUCGCCAGCUCGGGAUGUCAAGCCCAAGGCAGACGAGGGACCCGUUCCACCCGACGCCGCGCUCGCGUGACUUCAAAGGGCGGAAGAUCAAUCACAGCAAGUACAGAGAGGACAACGGGUACUAUGAGAGCCCGCGUAUCACCUAG